ACUUAAGUCCGUGUAUAAAUAGGAAAGGAAGAGUUCUGCUGGGAGCUAGCAGAGGGAAGCAAAACAAAUUGAGAGCAAACUUAGUGAUAUAGAGGAAAUUAAGCAAAGAUGGGGAGGUCUCCUUCUUGUGAUGAGAAUGGCCUGAAAAAAGGACCCUGGAUCCCUGAAGAAGAUCAAAAACUUGUUGACUACAUCCAAAAACAUGGACAUGGAAGUUGGCGAGCUCUCCCAAAGCUUGCAGGUCUUAACAGAUGUGGCAAGAGCUGUAGGUUAAGGUGGACAAAUUACCUGAGGCCUGAUAUCAAGAGAGGGAAAUUUUCUCAAGAAGAAGAGCAAACAAUUCUAAAUCUCCACUCUGUUCUUGGAAACAAAUGGUCAGCUAUUGCCAGUCACCUCCCAGGCCGUACAGAUAACGAGAUCAAGAAUUUUUGGAACACCCAUUUGAAGAAGAAGCUGAUACAGAUGGGUAUUGAUCCAAUGACACACCUACCAAGAACUGACCUAUUUGCCAGCUUGCCUCAUCUUAUUGCCUUAUUGAACCUAAAAGACCUAGUGGACCAUCAUUCAUUAGACGAACAUGCCAUGAGAUUACAGGCAGAAGCUGUCCAUUUAACUAAGCUUCAAUAUUUACAGUGUCUUCUCCAAUCAGCAACUUCAAUGACCUCGAACUCUUAUAGCCAAAAUGACAUUACGGACAUGGAUAUUCUAAAUUUGUUGAAUGAAAUUCCAGCUAUCAAAGAAACCCCAUUACUAAAUUCAUCACAGCUGGAGAAUCCAGCCUUUGGACUUGCUACCUCUCAACCGCUCCACUAUUCAAAUCUAUUGCCUCAAUUGUCUGACCCUCAAGUCCCUUUCAACUAUCAACCCUCUUUGAAUAGUGAGAUGGGUCAAGCAGCAACCUCAGCUACCAUGGUCAGCCAAGGAAAUAAUAAUAACCCAUCUGAUUCUUCGUGGGUUCUUCCAUCUCCUACUCCUUCCAUUCCUCCAACUGUAACAGAGACUUCAAUAAGCAAUCUGGGUGAUGCUAGCAGCACCACUUCUAGCUAUGGUGGUUGGUCUGAAUUCUUUCUUGACGAUUCUAUUAUGCAGGAGAUUUCCUAGUUACUAACUAAUAUCUAAGAGAUUUGGAGUUAUAUCUUCUCGUGUUUGAUUUGUUGAUCCUUUCAAUAACCAUAGAAUUUCUAUAUAUACAUUUACAUACACAAA